AUGACAACGACGAUGGCUUCUAAACCUCCAGCAGUCGACCCAGCGGAUGUGUCAGAAGACGAGGCAGAAACUCCAAUUUACUUGGAGACGCCGUCUGCUCCAAAACCACAAAAGCCCGUCAAGAAGGCAACAGACAUUGAUUGCUGGUCCAUGAACCUCGAUGCCUUUAUUCUCAACAAACACAUCUUUAACAAAGAGCACUUUAUCGCGCCACUAAACAGACCUGACAAUUCGUCAUUUCUGUCUGGGGAGUUCUCAGCGCCAGAUGCGAUCCCCAAUGUUGACAUUGAUGGAGCGUAUCCGUGGUACUCAAACUCGCGCAUUGCGGAUAUCACACAAACACCGGAAGUUAAGGAUGAGAAAAAUGUCUAUGAUCGCAUGCUGCGUAAUGAGCGAUUGGGCGUCUAUCUACAUUGGACACUGCCGCAGCAUUUCCGUAAUGGAAAAACGAAGGAUACUGACGAUGAAAAGGCGGGAGAUGUGGCACAAACACAUGUGCCAGAUCGUUGGAUAGUCUUUAGAUGCAUCACUGAAGCUUCUGAGCCCGGUGCUCCAGCAUUGGCGGCUUUUAUAAUUGAGAGCAAUCGCAUUCGCCAUUUCGGCGGACACUUUGACCCAUCCACAGACGAUACUUUCGAUGUCGAGACGGAGGCUUCCCCGUUCAUCGACCAGAAAGUCCCGGUGGAAAAGCAAGUCGAUGUGUUUAUGGGUAUGAAGCGCAAAUUCGACGAUGACUGGAAUGACCCUGAUCCCAAUGGUCUUUACCACUCGCCGUUAGCAUUGCUGGACUCGGCCAAUCCUCUGUUCCCAGACUUUCAGCAUCACAACUCAAACAUCUUCUCCAUUCACGACGAUGUCAGCUGGAAAGAUAGUGCGGGCAAGAUCAUCCAGCCAGCAUCUGCGACAAUCUCGUACGCUGUGUUUGGCUAUCAUUCGACAUUUCAUGCGGAACAUGAUGAGAAGAAGUCUAUUACCCACGGUGCCAUGUACAAUGUCAAGUGGACGAGAGAUAAAGCACCCGAAAACUCCGAGGCGCUCAAUAUUGCUAGGAACGUGAGCGAAAAGCAGCCUAUAGCUAUGGGGUCAGACUCACUGGAAGCACUCGAGGCAUACCUGCAUGCUUUACCAGAGGAUGCAAGCCCCGUGCAAAAGACAGCAGCCCAUCAGAGUCUAGAGCCCAAGCGCUGGAGCAACAACGACUGGAUUGCGCUUAUUGACGAAAUGAAGAUGGCAAUUGGACAAUCCGGCCAAGGCGGUCUUCUUGACUCUCACGUACCGCAGAACCUCAGAGCUGGUUUCAAACCUACAGACGGAGGCAAGAAAUGGCGCUUCAACAACGACAAGGUCUCUGCGGCUGGAAAUGACCAGCCCAUCAAUCCCAACAAGAUGAAGGAACUACAUGUUCCUACCGCAGACGAAAUGAAAGCCUUGCUCAAAGCGGAUAGGUUCCAAGCAUAUAUCGAUGCUUUAGACCGUCAGGAAGGAUAUCUUCGUCAUCGCCUCUUCUGCGAGUGGUGGAAGCGCCGUGCCCGUGUACCAGGAGGUCGAUGGGCGGAACCUUCAAUUCGCGCGGAAUGCAGUAAGAGAAUCCGCGAUGAUCUAGCGGCUUUAAAGACCGUCAAAGAGUUGCGCAGCAAGUAUAACCAAGAUCAGGUGCCUGCCGAUCUCGAGAAGAUGCAUGCCACUGCCAGGUCAGAAUUCUUCAGCCGCACGUCUCCUUCAAUAGUCAUGGGCGGGCUUGGUACAGCGUGGCCUUCAGAGUUUCUUGUCAAGAAGAACAACGAGGCUAGGCCACUGAGUUCGCUGCCAUUCACUGGAAAGCAGGGCGCUGAGCUGGUACAGCAAUGGUUGAAGGAAUUGGUUGGAGCCAAGUCCGGUGAUGUGAAUCACCAGAUGUGUAUGGUCCACGGCAUGAAGCUUUUUUUCCAGAACCCAGAGCUGGUCAAGAAGAUAUCCGAUGCGCAAAAGUCAAAUAAGGGCCUCAUGCGACUUCCAGCCUUGUUUGAGUCUCUGGACAGCCUCAAUGCUCUCAACUACACAGCGCCAGGUUGGGUUCGUGUUGGGGUUGAUGCGUUGAUGCAGGAAUGGGCAUAUGCCUUGAGUAUCGGCGAUCCUGAGAAGAUGAGAGAGCCAAGACCUGCUUACUACAACAAAGCCGACACUCAUUGGAAUGACACACAGCCCUGCCGUGUGUUAUUCCUGGAGUGGGAGGUUGAGUACUACCAUUUGCCUAAGCGAUUCUGGACGCUGCAGAGAUUGAGUGAUGGCACAGCAGACUACAGAAUUGCACCGGGUGUCAACAUCUCGUCGUUCGACAUGAUGGAUCUACACAAACGCACUGUCUCUGGAAGAAGUAUUUUGCGUCCCAAUGCUGAGUGGCCGAUGACAACCCUGGCACAGCAGCUUCUGGACAAGCUGGAUAAUGAGUCUCUCAAAGAGAAAGCAAAUCUAGCAGGUGGCAAGGUUGAAAUACUGUCACAAUUGGAGAAGUCACUGAAGAGUCUUAACCUCGUAUCUGGAAAUCUUGACGGCUUCACGGAUCAGCUUCUCACUCUUCACGGCGGCAUUCAUGUAUCGCCUUACAAGUCCGACACUCAUCCUCCGCGCAACGAGAAAGAAACAUCGCUCCUCAACGCGCUACUUGAGUCGGAGAACGGCCACGAUGUCACUCCAUUCGGGGAAGACGUCUGCUCAAUUGACAAGGCCGAGAGGGACUUCAAGCCUGUUACCCACGGCCAAGCGCGCUUCACAAAGUUCAACAUCGUCGAUAAAUUCGGCCAGGUCGUUUCACCAAUUCACACUCCAGACAUCAUCAACAAGGCCAAGCCUCUAUAUCCCUGCCUCGGCCGCACAAUUGCAUGUCAACCGAAUGAAGCAGAAGGUGGAGGUUUUGCCAACAGUGUUGAACUUGACAAGGAGCAUUGCUCACAAUUCUUCCAGCUUGGUCACCGUAUCAAUCAAGACGCUAGACUCAACGUUCAAUUUGUGGUGAACUCUGCUGACGUUGAUGCUCACCAUGAGACAACGCAGUUCUUCAGUGGUGAUUUCGAAGGAGGCGUCGGUCGGAGACAUCAUGUCUGGCGUCCUACCACAGAGUACGAGGAUCCUGUCUGGGGUUGGCUCAUGCUUGACUUCCGGACGAUGGGAAUCCAAGUCUACAACGCCGCUGGCGAAAGUAUGGGUGAAGCUCUGGUGCCGGAUAAUAUCCACGGCAAGGCAUACUGGCAGGUUCACUACGCCGAAGGCGACAUGUCUGAAGCAGCGAAUGAGUCGUCGCAGCUUCAACAGCUCAUGAAGCGCAUGUCUGACGCCAAGUUCCUCGUUGGUCUAUGGGCAAUGCUUGCUGAUGCGUGUCAAAACAUUUACAACGAUCCUUUGACUGGUGAUGCGCAAAUGCUCAAUAUGGUGGGACGACCACUUGCGCUUGUCAAUAUCGGCAUGAACCUCGAGCUCGCUACGCCUGUCAUGCAGUCGCAGAGCUACCAGGAUUUGUUGAAGAAAGAAGAGAUCAAGCUUGAUGAGUACAAGUUUGAGGUCCUUCUCGGCGACAAGUCGAAUCUGCGUGAUGGACUCAUCGGCUAUUUCCCUCCUUCGCCAGGCCCAUCUCCACCAAUCACUCCCACUCCCGUUCCACAGCCUCAAGAUCGUGUAAUAGAUAAGCGGCCUGACAUAAAUUGCGUCUACACCGAGUUCGGUUAUCCCGGACGUAACAUCGUCGCAGGCGAUAAUCAGAAACCAGACUCAUUCGCCUCGCCCAGCUCAAGCAAAGUGUACCUCUCACCUAUGCACGUCGAUCCCUCCAAAUGCAUCCCCGAUCCUACCAAAGAAUACGCCAAAGACUACGACGCAGCAGCAGCUUACCACUGCGGUAUCUGGAAUCAUCCUUCAACCGUUGUCCUCGGCGCUAUUGUCGACCCCUACCAACCCGUUCAUAUCGCCACGGGCAUUCUACCAUCAACAACACUGAAGCUUCCCCAGUGGAUCAUUGACCAGACUCUUAAGAAGCUACGCAUUCUCUUGCGUGGUGGACCUGUUCUUACAAGAUCAGACCUUCCAGGUAUCGACACCAGUCUCGAUUCAUGGAGGAAACCUAUGAACCAGACAACGGCUGAAGCAUGUAUUCCUGCCCUAACGGACAAGGGUGAGUGGUCAUGGCUACAGCCUAACCUGGCGGCGUAUACACUACCUGGAGAUGAUGAUGAGUAUCUACCGCAGUUUGUUCCGUACAACUUGAAGUCAGCGCCUUCAGACUACCCUCUGGAGAUGGGCCCGCAUACGGUGCUGGAGGGCUUCUACAAGUUCGAGUUAUCUCAGAUGAAGCCGAAUGCGGAGCUGAGAGCGGGUAAUCCCGUGGAGGUUGGUGACACAAAGCAACAAACGGAGGUGAAGAAGUAA